UCUAUGAAUUUAUGAGGCCAUAUCUGCCAGUGAAGCACAUUUUGGGGCCAUGACAUCCAGAUGUUUUUCUGUCUUUUACAUCCCUCCCAGAUGCAGUCAUUAACACAGAGCCAUAUUUGUCAUUGCCUGAGCCCACCAGCAAUGCUCUAUUUUUUUUCCCCUAAAUAAAGUUUCUUAUAUUUUUAUCCCCAGGGCCUCUGAGCAGCCUCUGGCAAUAUGACUAACCUCUGCCCUCUAUUUCAUUUGGGUUUUUUGUUGUCUUCCACAGCUGGAUAAUUCUGUGCCCAGGCUGUUUUCAUCAGGCGUAUACUUCAGAUAUAUGCACCCAUUUGUUUCUGUUAGAAAAAGCUGACACAGAAAGAGAGCCUUGCACUUGGAGUAAAAGGUGCUGACAUUUGUGAUAGUCCAUUUUUCCUGUGGGAGUUCAUUCCACAGUAUCAGGCUGGUCUCUGGGAAAGUUCUUCCUUCAGCACAGACAUGCCUUAGCUGUACAGUGACAGCUCCAUUGCACACGAGAAGCAGAGCUGACAAACAAAGUCCUUAUCCUGCAGCUUAAACUUCUCUUAUAAAUGCCAUAGGCCAGACUGCUGAGCACCUUGAAAAUGAGGACUGACACCUGGAACCUGCUCCUGUCGGGCAGAGCUCCUGUCUCUAUACUGCUUCCUCCUUCAUUGCCUGGCUACUGUGGUCAGGCCUGUUAUAUAUUCCCUUGGGAAAGUGUGAUCCUAACCUUGGCCUGGCAACCUUAAAUAUACAGGGUCCUCUCUAUAUGUAAUAGGAGAAGGGGUUCCUUAUUACACAUCGGGCACCAUCUGCUGAGAGGGGACACAGUUUCUUACCCAACAGGUGAUCAUUGGCAGUAUUCUUCAUGAAUGUUGCUGCUUCUUUUGUCUCCUGAUUCUUCUCCAGUUCUCUCAGCUUCUGAGAACUGCCAUGGGAGGCUGAGCAAUAGUCUGGGAGUGUAGACAAUUAAAUUAUGUGUGUGUGGUCUUGAUUAUGUGGUGAAGAGGGCAGUGACAUCUCAAAUACAAGAGAGAGCAUAGCAAAGAAGAGGUAGGUAUCAAACUGCGCAAUGGAAAUGUAGUGAGCUGGCAGUGAUGUGGGAAAGGCCAAGUGGCAAAAAGAAAAAGAGAAGAUAUGAGAUAAAAUUUUCCUAGACAGCCACAGGGUGCUUGAAUCACUGCAGAAUCAUGUAGAGGUGUCUGAUGUAUCAUAAGAGCUUACAUUGGUAUCCUUUGAUAUUCAUAAAUGGUUACAUUGCUUUACACCCUUCAUCAUUGAUCCAGUCAAAUCUUCUGUCAUGGCUAUACUCUGCCCUUUCAUUGCUUGAUUUUUUCCCCCCUUUUUCUCUUCCUUCUCUCUCUCUGUAGAAAAUGUGAUGCUGGAUCUGGACACUGCAAAUCCAUGGCUCAUUGUGUCAGAGGAUCAAAAAAGUGUGAGACGGGAUGACAAGCAACAGGAUCUGCCUGACAAUCCUGAGAGAUUUGACACUGAUCCCUGCGUGCUGGGCUGCGAGGGAUUUUCCUCGGGGAGACAUUACUGGGAAGUGGAGGUGGGGGAUGGAAAGGACUGGGCGGUGGGAGUUGCCAGGGAGUCUGUGAGAAGGAAAGGAGAAAGCACCUUUAUCUCUGAUGAGGGAGUCUGGGCAGUGCAGCGGUGGGGGGGCCAGUUCCAGGCUCUCACCUCCCCUGUGACUCCCCUGUCCAUGAAUUGGGUCCCCAGGAGGGUUGGGAUUUACCUGGAUUAUGACCGUGGGCAAGUGGCCUUUUUUGAUGCAGAUAAUGAGAGCUUGAUCUUCACUUUCCCACUGGCAUCAUUCAUGAGGGAGAGAAUCCACCCUUGGCUCUGGGUCUGGAAUUCUCCACUUAGUCUGUGUCAUUGAGACGUGGGGUGAAAUAGCCUUUUCUCAUACUUUUCUGCCUCUGGAGUCGAAACCAUCCUGUUCUCCAAGUCCUUAGAGGACCCUGCCGACUUUCUACUGUUGUAGAUCAGUAAAGGCUCAGUGGGGUCCUUGAACUGCCAAACCGUAGAGAACAGGAAGCAAACAGAAAUUGGGCUCAUUGCCUUAUCUCUGUACAUCCUUUAGGUCACUGACUUCUGUAGGACAGGAAAAUUCUAGCAGUUUAUGGUUAAAGGGUGGAUUGAAGGGAAAGGGAAAUAAAAGGGAGAAAUACAAAGCAGGGUAAAGGUUACCGAAUGUAUUAUGCAUUGAACAGUCCAUCCACUUGAUGAAUGAGCAGGAGGUUAGGGUAGGCAACCUCUUGAAGUCCCUUCCAGCCCUACUGUUUGCGAUUUCAGACUCUAUGAUGUCCUCAUUCAUGAAACUGAAAGUAUUCAAUGCCUUUAUGAAGUGCUUUGUAAAAACGGGGCCCAAUUUCCUUCUUUGAUUGUUGAAUAGUAAUUUCCAAGUGUUUUUAUAGCCUCAUAUUUUUGGUAAA